UCAAAAACUCUUUUUCACCUCAAUGGGAAAACCUAAACCACAUACAGAACUAAGACAGCUCAUCCUGUCACACUUCGCUCAACACACCCGCCCCCUUAGCCUCAAACAACUCCUAAACACCAUAAAACCCUCCGACUCAAACCUCAAAAACUCCUCCGUCGAGAACUCGCUUCACGCCCUCGUCCAAGAAAAACUCCUCUGCUCCAAACUCUUGAACAACCAACACAUCUAUUGGCCAACUCAAAAACCCAAUGACUCCUCUCGCCGAGCGGAAAUCGACGAACUAGACGCCAAAAUCCAACCCCUUCAGUCUCAAUUCAACUCCCUACAAGACCGAAUUUCCGCGACGUCCCUCAAACUCAAAGAACUCGAUUCUCUACUUCCUACGAACGAACUGGAUUCCCACAUCGAAAACCUUCAAAAAACCAAACAAACCCUCCUCGAACAGCUCAAACGCCUCGAAGGCCAAAACCCAAUCUCUCAAGAAGUCAAAUCAAAUGUGGAAAAAGUCUACAAGACGUGCCGGGACAACUGGAGAAAAAGGAAGCGCCUAUAUUUAGACAUCGAAGAAGUCUUCGUGGAAAACCUGGGAAAAGCUCAUUUCAACUCUGUCAAAGAAGACAUCGGCAUCGAGCCCGACUUAACACCCUUCAACGAAGACGCAACCAGUAAGCUGCUCGCGGCUUCCGAAAAACAAUACUCAAAUUCUGCGCCUUCCAAAAAGAUAUUCGCAAAAUAAAAUUUUGUGUAGUACAACUCUUAGCCCU